GUUCAGAGAGCAGCAGCUCGGGAGCCGAUCCUAGGAGCGGCGUGCUCCUAGGACACAGGCACACCGGAGCACCAUGCCAUACUUGGAAGAUGGAGAGACCUGGUGCCAAGACUACGAUGUGAAAGAAGAUGGCAUGGCCGAAAAUAGGCCGGGACAUAAGAAGUUCGCAUCCUACAAGCUUCCCACCUGGGCAAAGCACCCUUUGACACAUCCCUUCAACGGUGUCAUUGUCACUGCAAAGGACUACAUGUACACCGCAGGGGAUGGUUUUGUGAAUCCCCUGGGAUGGUCCAUAGCUCACAUCGCUUGUAAAUAUGGAGAUGUUGCCAUGCUGGACAUGUGCACCGCGGAAGAGUUGAGCCGGCCCAGCUCCAUGGGCGACCGGCCGGCUCACUAUGCCGUGAUGUACGGUACCAGCUGGUGCCUUCAGAAACUGGUCGAAUUAGGUGCUGACACGGUCUCAAGGAACAAUGCUGGUGACACCCCAGAGAAUCGAAUUUGGAAAACUAGAGAUUUACAUACUUCCGAACAAGAGUGGAUUUUCCAGGCCCUAAAGGGAGAGCUCGUGGAAAAGAAUUCCGUGAAAGCACAGGAGUAUAACUUGGUGAAGCGUCGAGCCAUGGGCAAUGAUGCAGUUGUCACGGAGAGGUUGGACAAAGAUUUGCUGAAACAGCGCAAGUACCUCUUUGGCACUGGCGGCUAUGAGAAACCAUACCCCGUUCCAGAACAACUGAAGGGUCGACUGGACCUGCCCCUGUCCAAGGUGGAGAAGCCGGAGAAGAAGGAGCCUCCAUUACCAGUGGCCCUUCUCUUCCCGGGACAGGGAUCACAAUAUAUCGGCAUGUUGAAAGACGUCAUGGAGCGACCAGCCGUCAAGAGCAUGCUGGACAAGGCCGAGUCGAUUCUUGGUUGGGAUGUCCGGGAGCUCUGCUUGAAAGGUCCGGAAGAGAAGCUCAGUGAAACCAAGUACUGUCAGCCCAUCAUGUUCAUCGCCGGCCUGGCCGCGGUUGAGGUACUCAGAGAAACGAAGCCAGAAGUGGUGGAUAGGCCCUUUUGCGUUGCCGGCCUGUCGCUGGGCGAGUACACGGCCAUUGUAGCUGCAGGGGUCUUGUCCUUUGAGGAUGGCCUGAAGCUGGUGCAGCUGAGGGCGGAGGCGAUGCAAGAUGCUGCAACCCGAGUUCCUCAGGCCAUGUGCUCUGUGGCAGGAUUGGAUCGAGCAAAGGUGGACCAGCUCUGUUUGGACGCCAAAGGGGCAGAUCCCAGCCCUGACCCGCAGUGUCAAGUCGCAAAUUUCCUGUUUCCUUCAGGAUUCACUUGUGCUGGCACCAAAGUGGCGAUCGAUGAACUUUGUAAGCGGGCCACUGCAGCGAAGGCCUUGCAGGCACGACUCAUUAAGACCAGUGGAGCGUUUCAUACUCCACUGAUGGCUCCUGCACAGGAGCAGCUGUCUCGGGCAUUGGAUGCCGCCUCUCAAAGGAUGAUGCCCCCGAGGUGCAGCAUCUACUUCAAUAUCAACGGCAGAAGGGUGAAGGAGAAUUCGGAUCCAGCAACCUUCAUCGAGCUGAUGAAGCUGCAACUGACCAAUGAAGUCCUCUGGGAGCCAUCCAUUCGGGCGAUGAUCAUGGAUGGAGUCAAGGAUUUCUUCGAGGUGGGCCCGCUGAAACAGCUCAAGUCCAUGCUGAAGAGAAUCGAUGCAGAUGCCUUCAAGCGCACCGAAAACGUGAGUGUGUAGGUCAUGUUAAAUGUCUUCCCAUUUAUUUCAGAAUAUUGGAACUUGGUUUCACCGCUGGAGAGAAUCUGCAGCUACCCCAGCUACAGAUCGCAGUUUGGUG